AUGCCGUCCUACCAGUAUACCGAUAUCAAAGUGGAGAUGAAGGGUCAAAUUGGUGUUAUCAAAUUUAAUCGACCCAAAUCACUCAAUUCAUUUGGCGGGAACCUGCUUGUCGAUACUCUACAUGCUGUGAAAGAACUCGAUGAAAACCCCGAUACCGUCUUCACCGUAUUAACGGGUGAAGGGCGUUUCUUUUCAGCCGGGGCUGAUGUGCGAGGUUCGCGGCCACUGGACGAGGGUAUGGCCGAUCUCACGCAGAUCCAACUCAAGCUUCUCCACUUGGCUCGCUUCACUACAAUGAUGGAAUUAAUGAAAUCGCUCAUCGACCACAAAAAGGUGUUUGUCCUGGCCAUGAACGGUCCCGGAGUCGGUGGAGGAGCAGCCUGGUUCCAGGGCCUCGCCGAUAUCAUCCUUGCAUCUGAGACCACAUAUCUGCAAGUCCCAUUCAAUUCAUUGGCCUUGGUUCCCGAAGCAGGAUCGGCUACCAACCUAGCCAGACACAUGGGCGUUCAUCGCGCAAACGACUUCUUAAUGUUUGGUCGCAAGCUCACAGUCCAGGAACUGGAGAAUUGGGGGCUAGUCAACCGAGUUUUCCCUGUCGAAGGCUUCCAUAACUCGGUCAUUGAGUUCUUGGAGAAGCAGCUCGAGGUCAACGAUGGGAUUAGUAUGAUGGAGACCAAGCGAUUGCAAAAUCUCCCUCUUAGAAGCGAGCGCAUCUUGGCCGUUUACAAUGCGACCGAUGCUCUUGCGGAGAGGCUUGCGAGUGGAGCGCCAGCUGCGCGAUUCCGAGCGAAGAAAGCUGAACUUGAAGCGAAAUCCAAGUCUCGGCUUUGA